AGAAAUCGUUUUUAAGUGGAUAUGAUUUAGCAUCGACCAUUUCCACAAGGAAACUUUAUAUCAAAACAUACCCAAAAUGCUGUAAUGAAAAUGGCGGGCCGCCAGUGAAAGUGAAAGCUAAUUAUAAAGCAAAUGUUUCUUUACUGUUGAGAGAUUAUAAGUAGAUUUGUAUAACUAAUAUUUAUUUAAUAAUUAUGUAAAUGUGGAACAAAAAUUGUGUUGCGUUGGUUUAGUUAUGGGAAGCAUAUGCACUGAGAUUUUAACGACAGUCAGUCAUCGUUGUAAUGAUGGCAAGAAAUGUUCAAAAAAAGGGGUUGAAGCAGAAUCAGCAGCGUUAACUAUUCAAAAUGAUAAAUAUUUCAUGAAGUUUUACAAAAACAAAAAGGACCUUUGUAAACAUGAACUCCCACUUGUUGGUUGUGCUUAUAUAAUUUGUGAGAAGGAUGAAGACAUCUCCAAAUUGAAUAUAUACGACGUGAGAGUGCCACAAGAAUUGCCCCUAAUAUCCAUAAAAGUUAAGAAGAAAAAAAGUGAUGAAGUCUCGUUUGAAGCUGACCUGAGGAACAGACUACUGGCAUAUUCAUAUUUAAUCGUAAACGUUGCAGAUAAAGGUUGUGAACCAAAUUUCUUGCAUAUUACCUCUCGUUUCCUAUGUGUCACAGAUUUCCAUUCACACUUACUGCGUCAUAAAAAGUCAUUAAGAAGUUUAACAAUAAAUAUUAAUUCACAUAACGAGGAAGUUGGAGCUAAUGCACUUGUGGGUCCAAAUUACCAAGCUGUUAAAUUUAGUAUUAAUGACACUGAAAAUUUUAGUGAUAGCUUAACCUUGCUUUUUAAAACAGCACAUGUCAAAAAAAUUUAUAAAACUUUGGUAAGGUUUAUGAAGCCUGAGAAAGUAACUUGUGAUAUUAACACUGAAGAUGAGUUUCCAAUACUUGAUCAUGUUUACGAUCCUGUAAAAUACAAUCCACUUAAUGAAAGGAAAGACAUGUCAACUAGAGAUCCUGUUUUAACUCCACAACAGUUUGAUGAUGAGUUUGAUGAACAGAUGAGACCACCACCUAUACCUCCAAAAGGGAUUAGAGGGGCACGAAGCAUGCGUCCACGUAUGUACAUAAAUGUUAGUAAUACCGAGCUUGCUGAUGGAGAAUAUGUAAAGCUGAACACAAUGAGCAACUAUUCUCCAAUAGCUAUCAAAUAUCGCGAUUUAAAUGUGAGAGUAAAUAAAGAAGAGGCUGGUGAAAAUAUAAAAUUAUUCUGUUCUGUGUUUGCAACUAAAGCUGUUUUGUCAAAAGUGUGGCUAAUGGUGAUCAUAUUCAUCAAACAGGAUGACGAUGAAGCCUUUAAGAAGAUGAAAGCAAGAGAACUUGAAUGCAAUCGUCAUUUUCUUGCCAAUCUCCCUUUCAAUACGAAGAAGGAUGUGAACGUUGCAUUAAAUUUGAGAACGAAAGGUUUUGAGAUCUUGGCAGAUAGAGAGCAGGUUUUGAGUUAUGAUGAUCUCAGUGAACUUUCCCAUUCAUCUUGGAUAUACAUGGAAUAUCAACUCAUGUGUCCCACAACUAAAGGAAGUCAAAACCAAAUUGUGGCAACACUUUCAAUAAACGAGAAGUCAGUGUCUGUAAUAGAUGAGCUGGAAAACAAAGAUAUGCCAGUUCCAUCCAUACCAAGGACUGCUUUUGCUUUUCCAUUACCAACAACAACACGUUUGGAUUUCUGUGCACUAUUGGACAUCCAUGAUGCGUUAGGGAAUGACUGGAAAAAGUUUGCUGCAGAAGUAGGUUUGUCGAACAUAGAGAUAAGUAAAAUAGGAAGCGGGAAGCAUCAAUCCAACACAGAACAAGUUCUACUGGCUAUGGAGAGGUCACAUCCUGAACAAUGUGACUAUCAUCACGUAAAAAGUAUUUUGGAGAAAAUGAGAAGAAAAGAUCUUGUCGACAUGCUGGUUGGAGCUAACGAAGGACGCGCUAUUGAGGCAGAAGAUCACAAUUAAAAUUAUUUGCGAAUUAUUUUAAAUUAAAUGGCUUGUUUACCGCGAUGUCACGGAGUUAUCAACUGGCGUGAAGUUGUGCGAGCUUGAAAUUGUCAGUACACAGCAAACAAGAUGCGAGUAUUAAAAAUUAGUAUUUUAGUCAUUUUUUUAAUUGCACAGUUUAGAUUAUUUAUAAAUUUUUGUUCAGUGAUUCUUGUCUAGCCAUUGGGGUUGCUUCUAGAAAAAUGUAGCGGCUUUGUAAAUGACUUGUUAAAAUAAUAUACAAUGCAGUGGUUAUAGUUUCGAGAAUGCUAUGUAAUGUCUCCAAAUGAUCAGAUUUUAAAAUUUUAGUAUGAAAUAUUUUCGCUGUUUCUGUCAGAACACGAUCUGAUUAUUUUUUUGUUUUUUAAAUGUUCUUCACAGUAACUUUUUUAUUUUAUACAGUAUAAAGUUGCAAUUUCUCCUAGUUUUUAAAUAUUUUCGACUGGUUUAGAGUAAUUAAUUUUAUUUAUUUAUUUUAAUUUAAAGCUUGCAUUUUUAUUUUUUUUUAUUUGAUUGAUAUUUUCUUAGUUUUGAUAUCAAAUUUACGUGUAGGAAAGUUGGACAACGGAUAGUUUAAAGUGGAUGUAUGAAUGUUUUUUGGUGGGCGUAACAUGUUUGUUGUUUUGUUUUGCUACACAAGCACUAUGCACAAUCAAUAAUAUGGAGAGAACAAACAGUAGCUCGAGUUAGUUUCUACUGGUGUUUCCCCACAGUUGACCUCAUACUUGAUAUACUUAAUACAAACAUUAUAGUUAUUUUUUUGCACAAUUAACAUUAUUUACUUAAAUAAUAUUUUUGUAAACACA